GCGUUUUCAGCCUGCAAAGGAAAUGCUUCCCUCCAGCCCCAGCUGAUGUUUUCCACUUUUCCUAUGAUUUUUAAAAAAUAUUUCCCUUGGUAACGAUUUUCCCUGGUUACUUUCUUGGCUGAUUUUCUACAAAAAGAACUAAAAGGCAUUUGUCCCCAAGGGAAUCAGUUAUUUUAGAUUUUACUAAGAAGUCAACAAACAUUUUUUCAACAUUUCCUUCUGUUCUUUCUUUGUUUUUUAAAGAAAGCUCUGAUUUUGUUUCACUUUCAACUGGAGACUUAAGUGACACCAAGCAAAGUCUACUUAGUUUAGAUUUCCAGGUCUUGUGAAUGCCUGACAAGUGUUCCAUCACUGAACUGUACCUCCAGCUCUAUUUUUUCUGGUGUGCCGAGGCUUGAACCUGGGUCUUCAGCAUGCUAGCAAAAAUUGCUUGGCGAAACAUCAGCUAUGAAAUUUGCAUUUUUGCUUUGUUUUUUUCUGCUUAUUAUUUUUCAAACUGACUUUGGACAAAAUGAAGAAAUUCUUAGGAAACAAAAGAGGAAGAUGUAUCACAGAAGAUUGAGGAAAAAUUCCUCACUCAACCAUAGGUCCAACAGACAGCAUGGAAUUCAGCAAACAACUGCUACACCAAUAGCAAGAUUUCCCAUCAUUAACGUUGAUUACAGCAUGGAGGAAAAGUUUGAAUCCUUUUUAAAUCUUCCUGGAGCAGAAUCAAGCUACAAUGUGCUACCAGGAAAGAAGGGACACUGCUUGGUGAAGGGCAUGACCAUGUACAACAAAGCUGUAUGGUCUCCUGACCCCUGUACCACCUGUCUCUGCUCAGACGGAAGAGUGCUUUGUGAUGAAACCAUGUGUCAACCCCAGACGUGCCCCUACACAGUUACACCCAAAGGAGAAUGCUGCCCAGUCUGCACUGAUACUGUAAGUGACAGCACGCUAAAUGAUAGAACUGAAUUUUCUGGUGAUUCUUCAGAACAAACAGAACCUACCAAUGUACUUCCUAAGCAACUGCCACCUCCUCAGGUGGAAAUGGAUCAAGUAUUUGGAGAAGAAGCACUUCAAUCUGAGGAGGAGGAUGAAGAAACUAAAGGAGACAGAGAGCACAAGAAAGAGACCACUGGACACAGAGAUCAGGACAAACCUCAUAGUGAGGAGGAGAGCAGAAGAGAGAGCAAGCAAAGGCCUGGCAAGAUGGGGAGGCCAGCACAUCAGCAGCUACGCUGUGGAAGGGGGCAGGAAGAGGGAGAGGAGGAAGAGGAGGAAGAAGAGGAGGAAGGGGAAGAGAAAGAGGCUGUAAGAGGAGAUGUGUUUCCAAUGCCCUGCCAGCUCCCCAUCCCUGCUCCCCCCAGAGGCAGGCCGCGCCUGCCCAGCGGCUGCUCCUUGUCCUAUAGGACCAUCAGCUGCGUCCAUGCUGCCCUCACCCACAUCCCACCAAUCAUGGCUCCAGAGAUAACCAAUCUGGAGCUUGUGGGGAAUUCUAUCACCUCCAUCCCGGAUGAAGCAUUUAAUGGAUUACCGAAUCUGGAAAGGCUUGAUCUGAGCAAAAAUAAUAUCACUUCUUCAGCCAUAGGUCCAAAAGCCUUCAAGCUUCUGAAGAAAUUAAUGCGUCUGAAUAUGGAUGGAAAUAAUUUAGUACACAUUCCUUCAGAAUUACCAUCUACUUUAGAAGAACUCAACAUCAAUGAAAAUAAUCUUCAGGCUAUUGAUGAAGAAAGUUUUUCAGACUUAAAUCAGUUGGUCUCCUUAGAAAUGGAAGGAAACAAUCUCAGUGAAACCAAUGUCAAUCCUUUAGCUUUCAAACCUUUGAAGAGCCUAUCCUACCUGCGCCUGGGAAAAAAUAAAUUUAGAAUUAUUCCACAAGGUCUUCCUGCUUCUAUUGAGGAAUUACACCUAGGAAAUAACCAAAUUGAAGAAAUAACUGAAAUUUGUUUCAAUCAUACCAGAAAGAUCAAUGUUAUUGUACUACGUUAUAAUAAAAUAGAAGAAAAUAGAAUUGCUCCUUUAGCCUGGAUAAAUCAGGAAAAUCUAGAAUCGAUUGAUCUCUCCUACAACAAGCUCUACCGCGUCCCCUCCUACCUACCCAAAUCUCUGCUGCACCUUGUGCUCAUGGGGAACCAGAUUGAACUGAUCCCAGGCUAUGUGUUUGGCCACAUGAAGCCAGGCCUGGAAUACCUGUAUCUGUCAUUUAACAAACUCACCGACGACGGCGUGGAUCAAGUUUCAUUCUAUGGAGCAUAUCAUUCUCUGAGAGAGUUAUUUCUAGAUCACAAUGGCUUAAAAUGUAUACCGCCUGGGAUACAGGAAAUGAAAGCACUACAUUUUCUGAGGCUGAACAACAAUAAGAUUCGGAAUAUUCUUCCAGAACAAAUCUGUAAUGCUGAAGAGGAUGAUGACUCAACUUUGGAACAUCUUCAUCUUGAAAACAAUUAUAUUAAAACAAGAGAAAUAUCACCCUAUGCAUUUUCAUGCAUAAGGUCAUACUCGAGUAUUGUUCUUAAACCACAAAACAUCAAGUAACUCUAAGUUUUCUUCUACCAUUUAUAAGGUUUACUCAUGUCGUUAUAGUAGAAGAAUUUGUCAUUAAUGAGAAACAUAAUCCUCAUGUUACACUCAGUAUCAUUAUGCUAGUCCAUCUGAUUUGCCAGCCCACAAAGGAGCAAUCAAAGGUCUAUAUAAAAGUAGAGUCUUCUAGAGGUUUCAGUGAAAGUAAAAAACACUCAGUUUCCCACCUCUAGAAAGAAACCACCUCACUAAGAUAGGAUGUCAGCAUGCUGAGCUAGACUAAAUAAACACGUCCUUUACAAUUUGCUUGACAUCUGCUAUUAGCUAAGAACUCUCCAAGUACUACUAAAAAUUAUGUAUGUUAUAGUUCAGGACCAAAAGCACAGAGCCAAGAAAAAAAUCAGGUCGAAUUUAUGAAUUACUGCUGUCUAUUAUUAGGUUAAAAUAGUGAUUUAUGAAUUACUUCAGUAUUGGGUUAGACUUAGUUCUUUCUAUUCACUACACAUGUGAAAUUAAAACACUACCACAGUGCUAACGCCCUCAUUUGGAUCUUUGUACUGUAGGUACACUGUGAACAUUAAGGGAAGCUAACAGGAAGUAUGGAAAUGAAUCCUAGAUCAUUUUUGAGACUUCUAUAAGUGUAAAAUUAUUGUUUAAAACAUAAAAAACAGUAUUUUAAGAUCAAUCUCACUAUUCUUUAUUCAUCAUGAUCAAAACACUAUAGAAAGCAGUAUAGUUGGCUAGAAAUACAAAUUAAUUAUUCUUGACUAUAACUUUAGCUAAAUGUAAAUCUAAUACACAUACUUUUUAAAAAUUUUGUUACAUUGGUCAUAGUUAGCACCUAUCUCCUUUGCCCUAAUUUGCUGAAAUGUAUCCUUUUAUUCAGCUUAACCCAAAAUAAAGCUGCUAGAGUUUACUAUGUACUAGGCCUUACCAAAACUGUAUAUUAAAGUUUCAAUUAUAUAGUGACCUUUA